AUCGGGAUGUUGUUUUCGCGGAGAUCUGUGAUGUAUUUUCCUACUACUUUCAUUGUACAAAAUUUGUUUGUUUGUUUUUACAAUUGUGCUCAACCUUUCUGACAACAAAUUUAGAAUACCGAUGAUAUGAGAAUUUGUCAGCAAACCGGAAAGUCUCAAAUAUUAACAAACAUUCAAGUAUAUUUAUUUCAACGAUCUAAAAAAUGUUUGCUGCUGGCUUGUUACAACGUUCUCAGACUCUAUAUCUAAAUUACGCACUACGAUCCAAUAGACUUUAUUCGGAAUGGAAAAACAAUUUGCCCAACCUAUUCUUACUGGGUGGUGGUCUGGGUAAAUUGCAAGGCGGCAUUAAGGAGGAGGAGUACUUUAGCUCUGUCAAUCAAGGCCUCAUGACCAACAUACGCAAACAUAUUGAGAACUCUAAGAAUGCAGACUAUAUGCGAAACUGGGAGGAAUACCAGAAGACACUUGAUCAUGCUGCUCUCUACAACACAACAUGCAUUAAUAAACACAAGGAUUUACAUGAGGAAGCUUUCUUUAUGAAUGAGAGCACAGAGUGUCUUAAGGUAUUAAACGCCAAAGUUAAUGCUGCUACUGACGAGGAGCUGGUAGGCGGAGAGCCUGCAGGCAAUGAUAAUAACGCCAAGGAUUUCAAAUCAAAUUUGGAUUCCUAAUUACUGUUUUGUUAGCUAAAUGCUUGUUUCAAAUAAAAAUUAUUCCUGGACCGUUACAAAUCGAUAAGUGUACUUUGGCGCAAGCUGAAUGACUUUGCAGCAAGUUGGCAGCAUCGUUGUUAUUUUAAAACCAAACAGCUGGCUAAAUUUCCUAAAAAAUU